AUGAAUUCCCUUAUGCACGAGGAGGCUACAAACGUCUGCGUGGGGGUAUUACUCAUGUCAGUCCAAGAGAAAAACACUUGUGUGGUUAUUACACAGGAUGGACACAGAGUGGACCUUGUGACUGGAAAAGAUGAGAGCACAAAGUCAUUCUCAUUUGACCUGGUGGUGACUGAUGACAAUAUAAAAGGACUUUAUCCAGACUUCCUGCAGCCACUGGUCCAGUCAGUGCUUAAAGGUUAUAAUGGAGCUCUGCUGAUUCAUGGGGCAUCCACAGAGAGGAGCAGGGCCCUCAUAGACCAGAACAUUAGACAGGUGGAGAUUUUGAUCAGUCUGCUCAAGGGUAAAGCAGAAGAAAAAGAAGAUUCCUUUAUCGCCUUGUCAUUCAUUCAGUUCUACCCUGAUGGCACAGCUAUAGAUGUACUGGGCUCCAAUCCAGGAAAACUUAAACCCGUGAUUCACCCAGUAAUUGGAAGAAUUGCAGGGGGUGUGAGUGAAGUGUGUGUGAGUGCUCCAGAAGAGGCCUAUAAUCUGUUUGAAACAUGCAGAGACAGAGUGAGGUCCAGUCCAGGAGGCUUGUCCUGCAGAUGUAGCACCCUGCUCUCGGUGGCUGUGGAGUGGAGGGUCCAGAGUGAAGUGUGCCGCAGCAGACUGCAGCUGUUCAGUCUGGAGGGGGGAGCCAGCAGGACUGAGCUCCGAGGCGUCAGCCCCCUUGUGAAAGCACUGGCUGAGAUCCAAACUGAAGACUCACCCGAGGACAAGCUUCUGUCUUUUCUUCUGAAAGACGCCCUAAGUGGUAAUAGCCAGACAGCUCUCCUCUGCUGCCUCCAUCCUCAAGGUGUUUUGGAUAAUGAGACCCCAAAUGCUUUAACUUUGGCCGAGAAAGUGAGAACUCUGGUAACUAAGCCAACGGUUCUUCACUGGUGUCCACGAGCAACCGAGGAGAAGAUUCGGGACAAAAUGGCAGCUCUCAGGACAGAGAUGAUGUCAGAGGGGACAAGUGAACUUCACAGCACUUACAAGCUGGCCCAGUUAAACCACGAACUGCAGGUUGUUAAAAGUCAGUCAUGGGAGAGAAGGCGUGAACAGUCAAAUAAGAUAAAAGAGAAACAAAAGAAUCAUCGGUCAGCCUCUAGCACAAGCUUAAGUGGCGAUAUGGGGGACGUACCAGAGACUGUGAGACACUUGCAGGAUCAGCUGAGAUUUGAGAUGCACAAACAUAUACACGAUGGUAAAGCGGAUGCAAAAAUGGUGCAGGAACAAGUUGAAAGAAUCCACCAACUCAGAGGAGCUUUGAGAGAAGAGACACUCAAACACAGCACGGCUAUAGAUAAACCUGACAUUUCCUCACAGUCUCAGCUGGAGUAUAACAAAGCGCAGGAGCGGCGGAGGCGUGUGCAGGAGGAUCAUGGGAGGUUAAUUCAGGAGGAGGUGGAGAACAUGGAAAGAGAGCUGGCACAAGAGCAGCCCCUGACAGAGGGUCCCCAGAGAGAGUUACAGGUGUUGUCCAAAGAAAGGCGCAUCCUGGUGCUGCAGCUGGAGGCCUUGCGUACAGAGCUCCAACAAACUGAACAAGACCUGAUCCAACAACACAACACACACCAGGCCGAAAUGCACUGUCUGAGAGAGGAGAGUCUACAGGUGUUCAGAGUGUUUCGCGACGUGUGUGAGGAGCAGAGGAGGAUGUCAGAAGAGAGAUACCGGACUGUGCUGCUGGAGGCUGUGCAGGACGCUGUGUACCUCUCUGCCCAAAAUCAGCAACUGCAGGUGGACAACAAGGAGCUGACCAAAGCAUUGGCAGAUUUGAAGGACACUCUGGCUGCUCAAGGUGAAUCUAAAGUGAAAUAGAUAUGACAAUUAAGUUAUCACAAAUUGAACCGUUUCAACUAUUUAUUUAAAAGCUUAACACUCUCCAACAUAUCUU